AUGAUACCUUCGACCUCGACCUCGACACCAUUGACCGGCCAAUUGCACCUUCAUCCUCAAGCUGAAACACAACCUCAUUCUCGACCAGCAUUUAUCUCCAUUCCUACCUCAAACUCAACCGCCCCUCCUACCGAUCCGACACCGAUCUCCAUCCCAGAUUCGCUACCUCCCUCUCAACCUUACGAAUCCAGACGUACCAUCUUAAAUCGAGCAUACCCACUUCUCUUUUUAGUCAUUAUAGAUACCUUUUACACCUAUAAGCACUUCUCAAGCCUGUCAUUCUCGACUAGGUUCAUAUCGUUCAUUAGGAUAUUCACUCUGGUAUAUGUGGGAUUCACCAAGAGAUGGAGGUUCAAGAAAAGCUGGGUGAUGUUAGUCUGUGGACUCACGUUGAUUUAUUCGAUAUGGGAGGGAUGUAAGAGGUUUAUGACGAGGGGUGGAAACGACAGUAACAAGGAAGAGGGGGGAGAUGGGAAGUAUUUGAUUCUCACAAGUAUCCUAUCAAUAAUAGAAUAUCUAUCAUACCUUCUCUUACUUCGUCUCUUCCCUCCCUCACCAUCUUCGACUACCGCAAAUCUAUCAUACAAACUGCCCCUAGCACAAACACCCUCUUCGAUGAGAUAUCGAUCAACUUCGACUAGAAAUACACCCGGUUCAGUACGUUUCCACCCACAGAGUCAGCAUAGGAGACACGUCUCAAGAGGGACAUUGAGAUCUGUUCGUGUACGUAGCCGUGGUAAUACCAUCAAUGGAGGUGCAGACGAUAGUGCCAUAUCUCAAUCGGUUGGAUCAGAUCAACAGGGAAUGAGAUAUGAAGCAGACCAAGGAGAUGUAUUCACUUCUUCGACUGAGGUUGGGAUGUCCUCUGGCUAUGGGCUAGGAAGGAGGAGUUUGGACAGGUCGUCAUUACAUCCGCAUGAAGAUGAAUACGAAGAAGGUCAACUAUAUGUAGAAGAAGAGGAACAAGACGACGAGCAAGAUGGGUACGAUACAGAUGAAGAUCGAUUAUCGUAUGGCAGCCCUACCAAGAAUAUAAUCAACUUAGAUAACCUAGAUCACUUAGAAGACCAAGAAGUAUAUGACAUUGAUGGGAAUGAUGAAGACGACGAUGAUCAAUCCGUCUCUUCAAUCUCUUCGUCAUCAAUCAUAGAUCUUCCACCUCCCUUGAUGACUCUGCCAAGUAGAUCAACAAGUCUCAAUAUCAAUAUGAACAUGACAGGAUUGGAAAAUUCACCGAUCGUAGGACCGUUAAUUAGGAGAAGUAGAAGUGCGAGGUUUGUUCCGUCAAGUUGGGGUAGUCUAAGUCCGAGUUCACCUGGGAGAUGGUUCAAUAAUCGGAAUGAGCAGAACCGGACCCAGGGGGAGGAGGAGCUCGGUGAUUAUGGGACUUUCGAAAGGUGA